GUGAGAGUCGAAGAGUCCACAGCCCUCGCCUCUCCGCUGCUCCGUGUCUGCGAGCGACUCUGCCACGGGUUGACUACCAACCCCCCUCGCCACCACCCCUCCUCUGACCAUGCAGAAGAACACGAAGUUGGCGCUCGCCUCGGCGAUUUUACUCGUGAGCCUCGCGGUGGCUCUCAUCCUGGGUCUCACCCUGGGUCUUCGUCGCACCGAUCCGACCCCCGUGACCCCGGCGACCCACUCUUACCACAGCGCCGCCGUGGCAGCCGAUGCAGGGCCGUGCUCCGAGGUCGGGAGGGACGCGAUGAAGGACGGCGGCUCCGUGGUGGACGCGGCCAUCGCGGCACUCCUCUGCAUCGGUCUCUUCAACGCGCACAGCAUGGGCAUUGGCGGCGGGGCCUUCUUCACCAUCUACAACGCCUCCACCGGGAGAGCGGAGUUUAUAAACGCGAGGGAGACGGCUCCACUCAACGCCACGGAGAACAUGUUUGGGAACAACUCUGACCUCUCUCUGACCGGCGGACUGGCCGUCGCCGUUCCCGGCGAGCUGCGCGGCUACGAGCUGGCGCACCGCCGCCACGGCCGCCUGCCCUGGGCGCGCCUCUUCAAGCCGAGCGUGGACAUGGCGCGACGGGGCAUCCGCGUGAGCAACGCGCUCGCCGCGGCCAUGGAGUCCGCCCGGGAGCAGAUCGAGUCGAGGCCGUCGCUCUGCGAGGUGUUUUGCGACGAGUCGGGGAAGGUGCGGCGCGAGAACGACACGGUGAGGUUCGCCAAGUUGGCCGACACGCUGGAGGUGAUCGCCAGGGAAGGCGCAGACGCCUUCUACACCGGCUCGCUGGCGCGCAACAUCAGCCGCGACAUCCAGCUGGAAGGUGGCAUCGUGACGAUGGAAGACCUGGAGCGGUACCAGGCAGAGCUCGUGCUGGAGCCGCUGCGGACCGAGCUGGACGACUACGUCAUCUUCACCCCCCCGGCCCCCUCCAGCGGCCCCGUGCUCACCCUCAUCCUCAACAUUCUCGCCGGCUACAAGAUGACGCCGCAGAGCCUGGGCGAGGAGCAGAAGUCCCUCACCUACCACCGCAUCGUCGAGGCGUUCAAGUUCGCCUACGCCAAGCGCACCGAGCUGGGCGACCCCAACUUCGUCAACCUCACCGACCUGAUGAAGAACGUCACGUCGAAGGACUUUGCCGAAGCGCUGCGGCAGAAGAUCUGGGACAACGCGACGCACGGCGUGGAGUACUACGAGCCGACGUUCUACGUGCCGGACGACAGCGGCACGGCGCACCUGUCGGUGGUGGGGCCUGACGGCAGCGCCGUCUCCGUGACCAGCACCAUCAACUUCUACUUCGGCUCCAAGGUGCGGUCCCCCUCCACCGGAAUCAUUUUCAACAACGAGAUGGACGACUUCUCCUCGCCGCACAUCGUCAACGGCUUCGGGGUGCCCCCAUCGCCGGCGAACUUCAUCAGGCCCGGGAAGAGGCCGCUGUCGUCCAUGUGCCCAACGCUGAUUGUCGACAAACAGAGCCGGGUGAAGCUGAUCGUGGGAGCGUCCGGAGGCACCAAGAUCACCACCGGCACAGCGCUGGUCAUCGCGAACGCGCUGUGGUUCGGCAUGGACGUGGUGGGCUCGGUCGAGCACAAGAGGCUUCACAACCAGCUGAUGCCCAACGUCACGGAGGUCGAGAAAGGGUUCGACGAGGUUGUGGCGAGCGGACUGCAGCAGAGGAACCAGGACCUUGAGUGGACAGACUCAGCCGGAUCCGUGGUGCAAGCCAUCCUGCGCGAUGGCAACUACUGGACGGCCCAGUCGGACUCCCGCAAAGGGGGCUACCCAGCAGGAUUCUAGGCAGACACAAACAAAGCCAGAUGCAAACCAGAUACUAGCCAGAUACGAGCAAGAUGCAAGGUGGAUGCAAGCCAGAUAUACCAGAUGAAUAGAAGCCAAAUGCAAGGUGGAUGCAAGCCGGGAUAUGAACCAGAUGUAAGCCGGAUGCAAGUCGGAUCCAAGUUGGAUCACAACCGGAUACUAGCCGGAUUCACCAUGGAUGCGAGGCCAAUAUAAACACAUUCCUGCGGAGGGAGCUGGUAGGAACGUUGGGUUGCUCGGUCAAUGGCCAGGGUCAACGGCGGUGUGGUGUAUUCCGCAAAUAUGCCCGACUGUGAGGGCGGGCACAAGCCGGCGUGAGUAGGUUAAACGUUGAGUUGUAUAAGGGCACCAUGGGGUGACCAGCCCCUCCCCACCCCUCCCACCCUCCCCACCCUCCCCACCCAGCCCCACCCUCCCCACCCACCCAGCCCCUCCCUCCCCACCCAGCCCCUCCCUAGACGACGGACACAAUAAUCCCCUGUUGGCUUGUGUAACCUGGCCGUUCCUACCAGUAAAACAGAAACUAUCCACAUAUUAGUCAGGUGUAAGGUAGAUACAAAUCAGAUGUUAUCCAUAUACAAUGUGGAUGCUAAACAAAUAAAAUCCAGAUUGAAGUCAGAUGCACAGCAGAUACAAGCCAGGGACCAACACAAAUGCAAGCCGGAAUCAACGGGAGUUAUGAAGCGAAAGACAAAGGGGGUCCCAGGAGGUGCCAAUGAGAUCACUGCAGGAGCCGGGACAGCGUGGACACGGUCCCUCGCGGCCGAAGGAGGCGGCGGUGAGCAGCAGGACUCAGGGCAAUCGGCACGUGGCCAGGGGCAUGUGCCGCCUGGCUGGGCCCUAUGGAGCUGGUAAGCCCAUCGCUGUGUGGAUUACUGGCCACAUGCACUCCAGAUGCUAGCCAAUAAUAGAAUAGCUGAACACUGACCAGGUGCUCGCCAGGAUAGCAGCCAAAUAACAAGGCAGAUACGAUGCAGGUGAUAACCACGAGGUAGCCAGUUAUUGCCUGGACAUUAUCUGGAUACAGCUGUAGACCAGACAGAUACUAGUAGUUAUAAGACAGACAGAUAGUACAAGUCCGGGUUUGACGCGCUAGGAGGAGAUGCGUUCCUGAAAAGUGCUACGUUAAGCGAAAAAAAUUACCCAAAAAUAAUGCGACGAUAAAGGUCGGCGAGAUACGAUGGACACACAGACAGAGUGAGAUGGCGGGACCAAUCACUGAGGGUACGCCGCCGCGUUCCUCGAUCAUUCCGCCUACUGUAUCCGCAACUCAAGAAAGUAGUUCGCCGUUGACCGCUCAGAAACCGCGUUAUAACGGUUGCGCGUUCAGCGUUAUGUUGUGUGAACACCGCGCGUUAAGCGAGGAGCUACCGUACUCCGGACAGUAGCUGGGUGACCGCUAAAAACGAGUAGGCAGAUAACCGUCACAAGACAGAGAGAUACAGCAAAGGGUGACACGGUGGCGAGUUGUUAACUAACUCGCCAGGUAUACAGGAGGUCGGGGGUUCGAUUCUGACCCUGGCGCCUGCUGUAUAUUUGGAGUUUGCGUGUUUCUCUCUCUCUCCCCGUGGUCGCGUGGACUUUUCUCCAGGUCCCUCCGGCUUUUCCCUCCACAUUUAAAAUCAACGUGCGGAGUAAAUUUCCACGCGAUAAGCCACUUUGUUGAGCUGCCAUCUGUGGGCCAGGUCGCUUCCGUAAAAGAGCUACGUAGCUCAGUGGGCCUUACGUGGUAAAAUAAAAAAUAUAGUUUAGUUUGUAAUAUGAUAAUAGGCUUUUCCCCUUUUUUUCUGGCAACAAAACAGGUGUUAAGAUGCCAAAAGGCGUCCUCUGGUCUAACACCGUUUGAGACGAGGCUCAAAAGAAAGCUGUCUCUGGUUUGGACCAAUAAGUUUCAAAGACAAUGCAUAUAUUAUCAGAGUAUGUUUUUUGUUUGCAUUCCGACCACAAGCAUUGUGGUUAAUGCAGGCAUGAUUCCUUGUAAAAGGUUUCAGUUUGGUGUUUUAACAUCUUAACACCUAUAUUCUUGGUUCUUUCGGUAAAGUCACGUAGAAGGGAAAUAAUAAAAUAAUAUAAAUAUAAAACAAUAAAAAUUCUCACGACGUUUCGACUGCAACACAAGCAAUCAUCAUCAGGUGUGAAAUCCAGAAUACGAAUCCCUGCAGUCACGAAAGCUUUAAAUCAAACUCUUAACACCUGUUUUGUUGCCAGAAAAAAGGGGAAAAACCUAAUUCUCAUAUUUUGGUACUGGCAAAGGAGGUCCCAUGAUGUAGUUUGUAAUAGUUUAUGUCCGUCACCGACGAAGCACACGUGUGGGGCCUCGGCACGACAUCGCUCGUUGCAGAUGAGGUUCAAAGAUGACUAAGGGACCAGCGCCAACAAAGUUCAUGGGCGGUGGAGGUGCAGAGGGUGACAGCGCCAAUGAAGCCCCCGGAGGACCAACUAUGGGAGCUGUGGGGGGGGGGGGGUUGCAGGACCAAGGACUCAUUGACAUCGGCGAGUGUGGCUUGUGAAUAUUUUCCACCGCGCCACUGGGUUGGGUGUCGGCGUAUACGAAUGAACCCAUCGGUAGCUCAAGUCACACACACAACACUUGCUCGCUCCGCUUGUCAACCAACUAGAGUGGACGACUCGGAGAGAGAGGCUCACAGCGGCCAGACCAACAUUGAUUUGAAACUAGCGGGCGGUUUACAAUGGGGGAGUGGGCUCACAUCCCAGAAGGCAUUGAACGCAAAGUAAUUAGUCUUCCAAGUCCACAAUCAACGUUUUUGGGUUAGAUCGCGUUAUUUAUAAAUGUGUCGUAACCCUUCACCACAAGACAGGGCUAAUCAGCAAAGAAAGUGUCACGGUGACAAAAGAUAAAUAGUUCACUGCUUUAGCGCACCUGUGUGUUGAAGCGUGAAACCACAACAUUUACAAAAAAAAUAUUUGAGUACGACGUUUCGCUGGUAAUUGCAUCCAGCAUCAUCGGGCAAUUCGCCAGAAUGGUGAGGCUCUGCUCUUGCUCCCGGUCUUAAAUAGAGCAGCAGCAGGGUGACGUCAUCAUUUAACUCAUCAGGUGGAGGGUUACGACACAUUUAUAAAUAACGCGAUCUAACCCAAAAACGUUGAUUAUGAAUAAUAUUGGUCGCGAAAGCCUACGUGUUAAACAGUCUUCCAAGUCUUUGCAAAUAGGAUGCACGCCACUGUAAUUGCAAUGUUCAUUACGUCAAUCAGUGUCUUAAUUCAGCGUUGUAAUCGUCGCAGUCCACUGCUGCUGUGGAAAGAAAGCCUCGUGUUUAAUAACAUUCGAGUUAUUUAACGGUGAAAAGAAACUACCCUGACAUUGAACGUUUCGACGACGUGUUUGUUUAAAAGAAAAAGAAUUUAUGCCAGAGAGAGGGAGGGCGUGCGUAUUGUGGUCGUAUGCCAACAUCUAUUAAAUGCUGUGAUUCCUUUGCGACCGGGACUGAACUACCCGCCAAGUCUAAAUAUGUAUAGCCGUUUAGUUUUAACGCAGUUUUUUUUUACUCCUGAAAUAAUAAUAAUAACACAUUUUACACCACCGCUUGCAAUUAAAGCACACGAUGAUCCGGUUAACGGCAGUAUGUGGAAAUGCCAUUACCGUAUUCUCCAGAAAAUAAGAGGCCAUUUCCACCCCCACCCAUGUAUUUUACAUGGGUGGAACAAACCCGAUUUUUCCAGCGGCAGGCAUCGGGUUUUUUCUUUAAUACAAUUAAACCCGAUUUCGGGGAAUUAAAAGCUGGUUUAAUGAAUACGAAACUCUGAUCCAAGGCUUAGGCUGCUUCCUCGUCGGUGCUGCUAUCGUACUCGGGGGGCCGUCGGGCACGGGAUAGUCGUAGAAUGCGGCGGGCAGGUUGGUCUUGAUGAACACGAGCUUCUCCACAAUCGUGGGCGCCAGUGAGUUCAUGAGCUUGGAAUAUUGAUGAAGCCCAUCGUUGAGAAGUUCCGCUCGGAUGCCGCAGUUAGAACCAAUUAAACCGGAUUUCUCCCAAUCUCAGAUGAUCGGGUUUAAUAUAAAAAGACAAUUAAUCCCGAUUGUAAAAAAUCCGACUGUGCCACCCUUGGGAUUUUAAAGCGAAGGCUCUGGCGUGUGUGUGUGUCAGUGCGGUGUGGGGAGCGGUAGUGUAGCGGUUAGCGCGCUGCGCUACCCGGGUUCGAUUCCCGCUCACGGCCAACACCAGGGACGAUUAUCUUGAGUCUUAAAGUCACUUUAUUGUCAAGUGUGUUACAUGCAUGACAUACAACACAGAUGAAAUUACAGUCCUCUCUCUUGGUCCCACGGUGCAACCAAGCAAUUAAAAAAUUAAUCACAAUUAACAGACAUAAAUAAACAAUAAACAAUCGGCGAUCAACACAAGAUAAAUAAUCUAAAAUGUAAUAGACUUAAAUAAACAACAGUCAAGAAUUUUUUAAAUGUAAAAUAUUAUUUAAAUAAAGUAUUUAAAGAAAUAAGAUAUUUAAACCAGUGUGAUAGUGCGAUGUAGUGCAAUGUGCAGUCCAGAGAUCAGGAUGUACGAGUGAAUAUGUGUUUGGGGGUUCGGGUCAGGGGGCAAAGGGGGGUGGAUGGGCAGAGGGGGGGAGUGAUGGUAGAGCAGGGAGGGAGUUGAGUCCUGGGCCUCCCCUAGGUCGACUCAGCCUCUAAUUAGUGACUGGUGCGGUGUGUAAUAAACAUCGCCACUGGGGAGACAAAGACGGCCGGGCGUGGUGUUGGCUGCCUACCCCCUCGAGUGCCGUUCCGGCCUUUAUAAGUGUUCGCUAACAGCACUUGCCCCGACAGUCUGUUAAGGCUACACGGGGGAUCUUUGUCUUUGUGGAUUGCGUCUGACAAUCCGGAGGUGUCUCGUUUUUUUAUAAUCUGGAGAAAGCGGUAAAAAGCACGUGGGAAUUUGUAGUCGUGUAUUAUAUUAUGGUUGUGUCGAUGAUCGUAUCAAAUUGCCCAUUCAAAAGUAGUAUAUAUUGUGCCAGCUCCCGUGGCGCGCAAUGCCAAGGCAAAUGCGAAUUGGUCUGCACUAAUUCGUAAGUGACCACUUCAUUUGCUUAAAGGGUCGAGCUGGGGUUGCGAGCGAAGGUUUGUGCGCUCACGGAACUGCGAAGCUUUAAACGAAUGCCACGCGAAGGGGGGUCUGUGUGACCUGGCGGACAGGGUUUACCGUCAUCAUGAGCCGUGAUCUCUCCGCUGCUGGAUGAGGGCCGCUCCAUGCCAUCACGAUCCUACGAUACAAUCCGUCUCGCUCCUACGCGUGAACUGAUCUCAUCACAGUGUCCAUGCCAAUACUAAUGUAUAAUUUAUAAUUCUUGUCAAAUAUAAAAUCCUAGAUAAGAUAGGGGGGGGGGGGGAAUAUCACCUCACCACGUGUCCCAGUUGAGCCUGCCAGAAAUGUUGUUAUCGUCACUCCUGAAUAAUUGCAAGAUUUAGUUCGUGUGGUCACGGUUGUGCAACGUAGCAACAAGCGCUUCGUGGGAAUGCUGUAGGAUGCCACCGUGCAAUGAUUGUGGCAAACGCAAACGGACCAAAGACGCGUGUUGGGAGUAAAUGAUGCGCCGCGUUCGGAAAAUUGCCAAAAGACAUUGUGUGCACAAUGGAAAUUGUCGUCUUCCUUAAAGAUGAACCGAAGUCUGGACAGACAGCUCGAGGAGUCGAGACCCAAUGGAGAACUUGCACAGGCGUAGGGACUCGCCGUGACGUGCAGCUGAAUAAGCCGCCCCGCAGCGUGAAGCGAAACGUCGGACAUCGUGUGGAGAUCGCGUGGAGACGUCAGACGUGGGUCACCGCCAGUGUGCGCUGCGGUCACGAUGACGGUCGCGUUGUUGUUCUUUAUAAGAAAAUCGCUCUGAGAACGUCACGAACCAUCACUCGUGUGAUACGUGCGUAUUGCGUGUGGUGGUGGUGCCUACACGUGGCUAUGACACGUGACGUACGAUGUUUAACAACAACAACCCGUCAGCACGCUCGCAGUCGCGGUGUCAAAGAGUGGCCCACGACGACUGCGUGUGAGUGCACAUCUCAAGGUUCCUGUUGUUUAGGAAGAGCGAGAGACAGAGAGAGAAAAUAAUACUUAUAUUUUCACGUGUAAACGUUUUCGCCAAUGGGGAAAUAUACAUGCACAGUAUUUUUCAACAAAAUCGAUUUCCGAGUUGUUCUUUUUCUGCCUUGCCAGCUGGUUACAAAAUAAUAAUAAUAAUUGACAAUCUCUUCUUGUGAAUCCACUGACGGAUGAGACCUACUCACACACAAAGUCCACAUCUACCAAAACGUCGACGACUACCACGUGACGGCCUCGAUCCACACGCCGUCGAUUGGGUUUUUUUUAUUUAGGGCCCCUUUAUAACAUAUGCUACAGGCCCCCCACUAGCUGAUCACAUCAGUAAAUAAAAAAUCCAUAAUAGAGGUGUUUGCGUUAGAUCGCGUAUAUAUAAAUGCGUCGUUAAACCCGCCACCACCCGACACAGCCAAUUAGUAAGGUUUGUCACGUAAACAGAACGUGCCCAUUCGUUACUAGUACAGCGCACCGGUGUGUUGGAGAGUAAACCCACGACAUUUACAAUUCGAGUCCGACGUUUCAUCAGUUUUUACAACCAGCAUCAUCAGGCAGACAGCCAGAGCUGUGGCGAAAUCCUCCUGCCUCGGUCUUAAAUAAAGGGAUAAAUGCUAUAUCGAUUACUGCUGUCAUAUGGAUGGACUUGUCCCCUACCAUAGCAAUGUGGAAUUUUUCCACUAACGGCUGAGGGCUGUAAACAGGAGAUGAAUAUUGCCUCUGGUAAUUUAAGCACGCAAUUACUUACGUCUUUAGUUGCUGUAUUACUCAAUUGCUCCACCAGAUGGCAGUAUAAUACCGCCGUGAAAGGUACGAUACAACAGCAACCAAACGCAACCCAAGUGGCAGUGAUUUAACCGCAGUACCUGUGUCCAUAGGCCUGAUGCAUUUUGUAACAUCGUGGGGCAGGGUGAGGUUGACCCUGCUGGGUGCUGGGGCUGCGAUGUCUGAAAUAUUGGAAGAAGUUGCCAGACGCUGUGAGUGGUUGGCUGAUGUGCCACCGGGUGUUGAAAUGCGCAGAGCGAUUCAGAGCACGAGACCGGAUAAAUCGUUAUAAAGAGAGAACUGUUGAGCGGGUGGGUGGCGAUUAUGCACUUACACCACAUUUUCUGUCCGUCUGCUACGGCAGAGGCGUACGAAGUUUCAAGAGGACCGACAUCCCUGCUUCAUUGACCUGGUUGAGGCCUAUGAUGCCACUUUGAGGCCAGAGCUCUGGGUUAUUCUUCAUGCGUUCUGUGUCUCUGGCAAAGUUGUUUGUGGGGAGACUUAGCCAUUUCCUUUUCAGCUUGGGGUGCGGCAAGAAUGCUCUCUGGCGCCUACACUAUUUAACAUAUUUUUGAGCACAUAGUUCAAGCUGUCCGUGGUUUUACCAGAGGAAUUUCCAUCUGGUACAGACACAAUCGGAGGCUGAUCAAUACCCAGGUGCGGUCAAGGGAUGAUUCCCUACAUGCUCAUGACCUGGCAAUUGCAAAAUUGAGACUCACCUGCUGAAGCUGGAGCGUGCCACGAGGAGAUGGGUCCUUAACCAUCAACCUCAUCAAAAACAAUGCACGAGCCUAGGCAUCUUCUUAUGCCAUCAAAUACCACAACCCUCUUUACUCUCCGUGACCAAUGGGAGAGUUUUGAAAAGCGUGGAGGAGUGUGCUUAUGACUACAGUUUGGCAGUAGGGGUCUCUCACGCCUCCACCAAGCGAAGCUGCGUUGGCUGGGUCAUGUCGCACCGCAUGCCCAGCCACCGCAUGCCUAAGCAGCUUUUGUUUGGCCGCACAGAGGGGGCUAAUCGGAUGCAGCACUGGCUAGAGACGUGGGCAGACGCGGUACAGGAGGAUGUGGAGCCAAACGGACUUGCCAAUGACCAGGGGUGUUGACAUCGGCCUCGGUGGGGGAAGCUCGUGAAGGAAGCUACUGGGCAAUUGGAGACAGUCACGCUCCAUCAACAAAGGAGGGCAGAGGAGUGACGCACACAACAACGAGCGGAUUGCCGGGUGGAUAAAGCACAGCAAUUGUCAUUGGGGAGCACAGGCGGUGCAUCUGUCAAUCAUCUCAGUUGUUCAACCUAUGACGUGGGUGUAUAUCCCGUGACCUGUCAGCAAACUUUCAAC